UCCCCGGCUGCGCUGCCGCACAGAUUAGCUCAGUGAAGGAAGCUGGUGAAGAAGCUGGACCCGGGGCCAAAGGCGCUCAUAAGAAAUGUCAUUGCUGUGUGUUGGAGUGAAGAAAGCCAAGCUUGAUGGACCCCAAGAGAAAUUUAACACAUACGUGACCCUGAAGGUGCAGAAUGUUAAGAGCACCACCAUCGCUGUGCGCGGCAGUCAGCCGUGCUGGGAGCAGGACUUCAUGUUUGAAAUAAACCGCCUGGAUCUGGGCCUCACAGUUGAGGUGUGGAAUAAAGGGCUGAUCUGGGACACCAUGGUGGGCACCGUAUGGAUCCCCCUGCACAGCAUACGGCAGUCCAAUGAGGAGGGCCCAGGUCAGUGGCUGACGCUGGACUCCAACGUGAUCAUGGCUGAGAAUGAGAUCUGUGGAACCAAAGACCCGACCUUUCACAGGCUGCUGCUCGACAUCCGCUUUGAGCUGCCACUCGACAUUCCGGAGGAGGAGGCCAGAUACUGGGCCAAGAAACUUGAACAACUCAACGCCAUGAGAGAUCAAGAUUAUGCCUAUCAGGAGGAGCAGGAGCGGCCACUGCACGCACCGACCACACAGUGCUACGAGGACCCCGACAGCGCCGUGGACGACAGGGACAGCGACUACCGCAGCGAGACCAGUAACAGCAUCCCGCCUCCGUUCUACACGACCUCUCAGCCCAACGCGUCCAUGCACCAGUAUCCCAUGAGGAACCCGCAGUUAAGACACUCCUACAAUGACGAUAUCCACGAGUUGGACUAUGACCACCGAGCCAUGAGUCCCACGGACAGUCGUUACGCCUCAUCGGGCGAGUUGAGUCGAGGCAGCUCGCAGCUCAGCGAGGGGUUUGUUCCCGAGGACGGCGGGAGCUUGCGAGGUUCGGAGUUCUACGAUGAAAACGACUCCUACCACUCCUGCCACUCUUCAGUCAGCGGCGGCAAAGAGGAUUCCCCGGGCUGGGAGGGUGAAGAUCCCCAGGCCAUCUACAGCGACGAUGGAGCCUACCUCAAAGACGGAGGGGAGGAGGGGGCAUUGUAUGAUGAAGAUGAGGGAGACAUGUACGGGGAGGAAGGAGAGUACACCUACGAAGAUGAGGAGGAGAUGCCUUAUGAAGAGGAUGAAGAUAUGUAUCAGCUUGACGGCACACUCAGUGAAUCCCAGGAACCGCCCUACACCCCCACACCCACAAGCACUGACCCCACUCUGAUGCCGCCCUCUGAUGGUCAGUCCUCCACCCGGCCGCCGCUGGAGAAGCAGGCGUCGUUGCGACAGCAGCAGCAGCCGGCCCACGAUCAGAUCCAGCCUCCGAUCACAGCUCCUGGUCUACCUCCGGCCUCACAGGACGACAUGUUGCCACCUUUCACUUCAGACUCCACUAAAACUCCCUUUGCAUUCCCACAGCCAGAUAUGUCCACCACCACAUCCACACCCACUCCUGCAACCACUAUACAGGUUCCAGUCCCAGACUCCAAACCCCUGGAACCCGAACACAAACCUGAGUUAGCGCUGGAGGAACCGAAACCUUUCGAGCAGCUUCCAGCAGCUGAAGGCGUCUCUCCAGCUCCUGUGGAGAAAACAGAGGAGCCUCCUGUUCCAAGUUUCCCAAGGAGAGAAAUCAUGGAGCCUGGUACUGCCAGAGCCAAAGCCAACUGGCUUCGACUUUGCAGCAAAGUGCGAUUACAGCUGCAAGAGUUGUUUGCCAUCCUCGUAGCGAUUUGCAUGUUGUCCAUUCUGAUUACCCAUGGCUGGAGCCGACUCGCAGGUGGGUGUGGCCCAGAGAUGGGCGGCGCUCUGUACAGCAUCGACAGCAUGCCAGACCUCAGGAAGAGGAAAGCUAUGCCUCUGGUCAGAGAUCUGUCUUUGGUUCAGAACUCCAGGAAAGCAGGUAUCACCUCGGCCCUGACGUCCAGCACCCUCCAUAAUGAAGAACUGAAGAGUCAUGUCUAUAAGAAGACUCUUCAGGCCCUCAUAUAUCCCAUCUCCUGCACCACCCCACAUAAUUUUGAGGUGUGGACCGCCACCACUCCGACUUACUGCUACGAGUGCGAGGGGCUGCUGUGGGGUAUCGCUCGCCAGGGCAUGCGCUGUACCGAGUGUGGAGUCAAGUGUCACGAAAAGUGCCAAGAUCUACUCAACGCUGACUGUCUGCAAAGGGCGGCGGAGAAGAGCUCAAAACACGGUGCGGAGGACCGAACCCAGAACAUCAUCAUGGUCCUGAAGGACCGCAUGAAGAUCCGUGAGAGGAACAAACCAGAGAUCUUUGAACUCAUUCAGGAAGUGUUCACCAUCCUCAAGGCCACCCACGUCACCCAGAUGAAGCAGAUCAAACAGAGCGUGCUUGAUGGCACCUCCAAAUGGUCGGCCAAGAUCUGCAUCACAGUGUUGUGUGCUCAGGGUCUUCAAGCCAAGGAUAAAACUGGCUCCAGUGAUCCUUAUGUCACUGUCCAGGUGGGAAAGACCAAAAAGAGGACCAAGACCAUCUACGGAAACCUCAACCCCGUCUGGGAGGAGACAUUUAAUUUCGAGUGUCACAACUCCUCAGAUCGGAUCAAGGUGCGCGUCUGGGAUGAGGACGACGACAUCAAGUCCCGUGUGAAGCAGAAGUUCAAGCGAGAGUCUGAUGACUUCCUCGGUCAAACCAUCAUCGAGGUCCGAACCCUGAGCGGAGAGAUGGAUGUUUGGUACAAUCUCGAUAAGCGUACAGACAAAUCCGCUGUAUCUGGAGCCAUCCGCAUGCACAUUAAUGUAGAAAUCAAAGGAGAGGAGACGGUCGCCCCCUAUCACGUUCAGUACACCUGUUUACAUGAAAACCUCUUCCACUAUAUGACAGACCUGCAGAACAACGGCGUGGUGAAGAUCCCUGAUGCCAAAGGGGAUGAUGCAUGGAAAGUUUACUUCGAGGAGACGCCCCAGGAGAUCGUAGACGAGUUCGCCAUGCGCUACGGAGUGGAGUCCAUCUACCAGGCCAUGACCCACUUUGCCUGUCUGUCGUCCAAGUACAUGUGCCCAGGUGUGCCUGCAGUAAUGAGCACACUGCUGGCUAACAUCAAUGCCUACUAUGCCCACACCACCCAGGCAACUAACAACGUCUCUGCCUCUGACCGCUUUGCUGCUUCUAACUUCGGGAAAGAGCGAUUUGUCAAGCUUCUAGAUCAGCUGCACAACUCUCUGAGGAUCGACCUGUCCAUGUACAGAAAUAACUUCCCAGCCAGCAGUCCUGAGAGGCUGCAGGAUCUCAAGUCCACAGUGGACCUCCUCACCAGUAUCACCUUCUUCAGAAUGAAGGUCCAAGAACUCCAGUCUCCGCCCAGAGCCAGUCAGGUAGUCAAGGACUGUGUCAAAGCUUGUCUCAACUCCACCUACGAGUACAUCUUUAACAACUGUCAUGAGCUCUACAGCCGCGAGUAUCAGACAGACCCGGCGAAGCAGGGCCCCGUGCCUCCAGAGGAGCAGGGACCGAGCAUCAAGAACCUGGAUUUCUGGUCCAAGCUCAUCACACUUAUUGUUUCCAUUAUCGAGGAGGACAAGAACUCCUACACCCCCUGCCUGAACCAAUUUCCCCAGGAGCUCAACGUGGGUAAAAUCAGUGCAGAAGUGAUGUGGAACCUGUUUGCUCAGGAUAUGAAAUAUGCAAUGGAGGAGCAUGAAAAAAAUCGCCUGUGCAAGAGCGCAGAUUACAUGAACCUGCACUUCAAGGUCAAGUGGCUGUACAACGAGUACUGCAAAGACCUGCCCUUCUUCAAGAGCAGAGUGCCCGAGUAUCCUGCGUGGUUUGAGCCAUUUGUCAUCCAGUGGCUGGAUGAAAAUGAGGAAGUGUCUCGAGACUUUCUGCACGGUGCUCUGGAACGAGACAAAAAAGAUGGGUUCCAGGUUACAUCAGAACACGCUCUGUUCUCCUGCUCUGUGGUGGAUGUGUUUUCUCAGCUCAACCAGAGCUUUGAGAUCAUCAGGAAGCUGGAGUGUCCAGAUCCACAGAUUGUUGGACACUACAUGAAGAGAUUUGCCAAGACAAUCAGCAAUGUCCUACUGUCCUAUGCUGACAUAAUCUCCAAGUGUUUUGCCAACUAUGUCACCAUGGAGAAAGUGCCCUGCAUCCUGAUCAACAACAUCCAACAGCUGAGAGUUCAACUGGAGAAAAUGUUUGAAGCGAUGGGUGGAAAAGACUUGUGUGUGGAGGCCAGCGAUAUCCUGAAGGACCUGCAGGUUAAGCUCAACAAUGUUAUGGAUGAUCUCAGCAGGGUCUUUUCUGUCAGUUUCCAGCCUCAUAUUGAGGAGAACGUGAAGCAGAUGGGAGACAUCUUGGCCCAGGUGAAGGGCACUUCAAACGUAGGGAACGCCAGCAGCGUGGCGCAGGAUGCUGACAACGUCCUGCAGCCCAUCAUGGAGUUCCUGGACAGCAACCUGACUUUGUUUGCUAAGAUCUGUGAGAAGACUGUGCUGAAGCGUGUGUUGAAGGAGCUGUGGAAGCUGGUGAUGAACACCAUGGAGAAGACCAUCGUCCUGCCGCCCCUCACAGACCAAACGGGCACUCAGCUCAUCUUUAACGCUGCCAAGGAGCUGGGACAGCUGUCCAAGCUGAAGGAGCACAUGGUUCGUGAGGAGGCCAAGGCGCUCUCACCCAAGCAGUGUGCGGUGAUAGAGCUGGCCCUCGACACCAUUAAGCAAUACUUCCAUGCUGGUGGUGUGGGUCUGAAGAAGACUUUCCUGGAAAAGAGUCCUGACCUCCUGUCUCUGCACUACGCCCUGUCCCUCUACACUCAGGCCACAGACAAACUUAUUAGGACCUUUGUCUCUUCACAGAACGCACAAGGCUCUGGGGUGGACGAUGCUGUGGGAGAGGUGUCCAUCCACGUGGAGAUCUUCACUCACCCCAACACUGGAGAGCACAAGGUCACAGUGAAAGUCGUGGCUGCCAAUGACCUGAGGUGGCAGACGCAGGGAAUUUUCCGGCCCUUCGUGGAGGUCUACAUCAUCGGCCCCCACCUCAGCGACAAGAAGAGGAAGUACGCCACAAAGUCGAAGAACAACAGCUGGGCUCCCAAGUACAACGAAACCUUCCCAUUCACCCUGAGCAGUGAGGUGGGUCCCGAGUGCUACGAGCUGCAGGUGUGUGUGAAGGACUACUGCUUCGCCCGAGAGGACCGCACCGUGGGAAUGGCCGUCAUGCAGCUGAAAGACAUGGCCUCCAAGGGCAGCGUCGCCUGCUGGCUGCCGCUGGGUAAACGCAUCCACAUGGACGAGACGGGCCUCACCGUGCUGCGCAUCCUCUCCCAGCGCAACAACGACGACGUGGCCAAGGAGUUCGUCAAGCUCAAGUCCGACCAGCGCUCUCCAGAGGAGGGCCGCAGCUAAGACACAGAAAAAGAAUAAAAAAACAAAAGACUGUUUGGAACCUGAAUCAGAUGUUGCUACCUACUGCCCUGGAGCUCUCUCGCGAGCCACUGCUAGCCACUGCCCUGAUGAUCCAGUGUUGUAAAAGCACAGAUAAGACAGUCACCACACACCCAGUGCUGUAAAUACAUUCAUUUCAGUGGGAAACACGUAGUGCAGAGCAAAGCAUCACUUUCAUUUUCUUCAAACACAAAAAAAAAAGCCCCAGUGUCUUCAUUGUCACAGAUAUCAACCGUCCUUAUGAAAAACAGCACAUACACUUUAAUCCUAGAGCAUAUAUAUACUUUCUAUCGAUAUAGGUGAGUCAUGCUGUUCCAUAACCAAUGGCAUGGCCACCCGCCCACACAUGCCCACAUCCUGUUCCUCUCCUCCCUCCCCGGCCUGCGCCCGCUCAGAGAAGGGAGAAGUGCCAAGAGAUAAACACUGAAACAUCCCGAGACCAGCCCUAAGCACAAUGGGACCAACUGACCCAUUAACAACAACGACAAUGGCUGCACUGCCUCAAACAUUCCAGAUAUCAUGGAGGGGAACAAAGCACUAUUUAUUUUUAUUUACAGCUUUCUUCCGAGUUAUAUUUGUAUUUGAAUAUCACUAUAAAUAUAGAAUAAUAUAUGAAGGACGUAAUGUAUAGUAGUUAUAAGGGGAUUAUUCAAUGGACGUGUGCCACUUGAGAAAUAGUCCUCGUCUGUCUUUCUGUCCAUCGACCCUCUAACAGAGCACACUGCCUGACACCCUCAAUGCCUUCUGUCCCGUUGACCCUCGUACAUAUGGUUUGUGCGUCAUCAAUACAGCGACUGUAUAGAGAGACGAAUCUGAUGAAAACACAUCUGCCGGCACUGUGAUUCAUCAGAGUGUGCGUGUGUGUGUGUGUGUGUAUGUGUGUGUGUGUGUGUGUGUGUGUGUGUUUGUGUGAACGUGUGAUCUGCGUUUGUAAUAUGUUCUAAUGUCGACCUCAUGUGUUGCCUGUUACCUGCAGAUGUUAUCACAAAGCCAUCACAAAUAAAGCGUGUCACACAGAGGAGGGGUUUCGUCACGUUCUGGCUGGAUUUUGAAGAGAUUAUUUGACUUUAGGGGUUAUACAACUUGUGUCUUCUGAUGGUUAUUCCAUCUUCUUUCUGUUACUAUAAACAUUCCACAACCAGACGGCCCAAACUGGGUGUGUGAAGGAUGGAGAACUCUACCAAAUCAAAAUCAGCACGUAAGCAGAUGAUAAAAAACAAGCUCCCUGAGACCUUAUUUUUGGAAAAGCAACCUCCCGUGGGUUAGAAAACAGCAGCACCGGCGCCCCAGGGAGAGCACAAACCGUUAAUGAUCCCACUACCCAUCAUUCCCUAAUGAUUCCGCCCCAGGUGCUGUAACCCUAUUCCCUGAUAAGGAGAAGUCCGACCUCUGCUAAAGGGCUGUAGAUCCACACCACACCCGGGUCUGGUACCUGCACUUAAAGAGGGCCUACAGUUCAGUCUGUGGCUCCAAUCAGUGGAGAGAGAAGCAUGGAGAUUUUAGAAGCACAAGGUCGUCGCCGCACCUAUUUCAACGUGUUUAUACUGAGCUUGUCCUUCAGUGAUUGUUUAUAAAUUUACAUCAGUGUCAUGUGGAAAUAAAUGUAGUGAAAUGGCCAUUGACUGUCCAGCAUGUCACUUCUAUUUUCAGUGAAUGCCCCAUGAACUGAUUUAUUUGCCUGUUUGAGGUUUACAUGCUUGUUGUGAUUUUAAAAACAGCAUCCGAAUGAGGAAAUGAUGAUCAGGGUCAACGAGUUAAAACCACAGGUCGUAUGUUCAGUUGUUCUCUUCCUGCCUCUUUGUUACAUCGCCCCUGACGAGGGCCUCUCCCACUUGACGAUAAAUGAAUCAUUUUAAAGACCCCCUUCUUUUUUGAACAAGGUGUAAGAACUGAACUCUAUGCAUUUGAAUCUAAAAUUAAAAUCUAUGUAGAUGAGUCAUUUAUGAAAAGCUCUUAUAAUGUUUACAUUGUGGAUUAUUAUUCAGAUUAUAUCAGCACAAGCGUUUGUCUGAUACGUUGUUAACGCCGUCUAUAUUGUAACAGGCCGGAUCUCGCGGGUGUAUUCGAGCUGAUCAGAGCUGAGACUUGUUUGUACAGCGUCUCAGUGCAGAUUAGAAUACUCUGGAACAGACAGAGAUUGAUGUUGGUGCUGGUGUUGCACAGUGUAAAUAGCUCAGAUGUACCGGACACACGACAGACUAUGUGAAGUAAAGUUUGCUGCUCUGUUGUAGACUUGAAUUUUACUCUGGGUGAAUGGGCAGUUGGGAAAUGAUGUGUGUGUGUGUGUGUGUGUGUGUGUGUGUGUGUGUGUGUGUGUGUGUGUGUGUGUGUGUGUGUGUGUGUGUGUGUGUGUGUGUGUGUGUGUGUGUGUGUGUGUGUGUGUCUGUGUGUGUGUGUGUCUGUGUGUGUGUGUGUGUGUGUGUGUGUGUGUGUGUGUGUGUGAGAGAGAAGGUGCCCAUUCAGGAAAUGUAGCUGUUAUUAAGAGUUAUAUUAAGACUGCGUACACACAGGAUAUGAUGAUGAAACAAUAUGUACGAAUCUGAUAAUGAGCUUGUAAAGCUGCUGCAAGAAGGAAGAAGUGAGGAACUGAAUCUAAAGAAUGUUGGUGUGUACAAGGUCUUUUCCUUGAAGGGAACAUCUGCACAUUCUUUUAAGAACUUUAGACAACAGGUAAACAACCGUCACAAAGCAGUAAUUGCCACGAAAAUAAAUCUUUAUUUAUUGCUGUUGACAAUGAUAUUUUAGAGGAGGAGGUUUGGGUGUAACCAGGCUGGCAUGAGACACAGAGAUGUUAAUGGAGUAUAAAUGUAAAAGCACAACAAAAAGCACAGACACAAAGUCGACAGACAUGCAUGAUCUGUUCUGUUCUGUGCAGCGGGGCCGCGGCCACACAGAAGGGCACCUGCGCCGCCAUGCCGGUUCCUGUACUUCCAGAAAUGGUGCAUGAUAGGAACAAUAAAAUAAAAAGGAAAAAAAUAUUAUUGUGCCAGCACGCAUUAAUUAUUUGAUGUUAAUUGCCAAUGGUUGUCUCCUUUAUUUUGUAAUAUUUCCUUCUUGUUUUCUAUUUUUCAAAUGGUUGUGAAUAUAUAAAUAUGUAUUACUGAUGAUGUGUAGUGGUACAAAGUACUCGCAUGGGAAUUUUUUUUAUACACAAGAUGUUUCUAAUUUUUUUUUAAUAUUCUGGUUGUUCUUAUUGGGGGUUGAUUGGGGCUGAUGUCCCACUGUGUUCCUGCUUCCAAUAAAAG